CCUAGAACAUGUCUCCUUCAACCAACCUGCGUCUGCAGCAAGACUUCUACCUUUUCACAGCUGACUCACUUUCCCCCCCCCUUCAUUGGUACAUCCCAGCCCUCCUCCUCCCCCCUCCUCGCCUCUGCCACACACUGCCUCUUUCUCCUUGUCGUGAUACUGAUCCAGCAGCCUCCCUCCUUCGUCGUUCCCUCUGCUCCGGAGAGCGGGCAGCCGAGAGAACCACAGGACCACGCACAGGGAGAGAGCGAGAGAGAACACAGACCCCAGGAGUAUCUGUAACAGCGAGAGCAGCAGCAGCAGUGCGGACAGGAAGAUCAGAACAGAGCCAUGGAUUCCAGAGCGAAGCCCAGCAACGCCAAGACAGACCCCAAACCCGCCACCAAGGGGCCUGAGAAAACAGCAAAGAAGGAGGAAGCCAGGCCAGCGGAACCAGCCCCCCUCCCUGGGAAACUGCCCUCCCAGCCCCCCGCAGAGCCCAAGCCUGCCCCUGCUCCCACCACCGCGGCUCCGGAGAGCUCGGACAUGCCCGAGGCACCGUUAUCGGAACCCGACCGCGACGGGGAGCAGAGCGCCGGAGGGGAGGGGGAGCCAGCAGAGGGCAGCGCCUGCGAUACCUUCGAGACCCUCAAACCCUUCCUCCUGGGUGGGGCCGUCAUCGCUGCUGCCGCCGCUGUGAUUAUAGGAGCCGUGCUGCUGGCGCGCAAGAAAUGAAGAGGGGCAGACGGCAGUGGAUACUCUGUAAAUGUAUAGAAUACCAUGACGACACUCUCUGUGCUUCACAAUGCUUCCCUAUGCUUUAGUACACUGUGUUAUGCUUUUACUAUGGGGAACCUUUAUAUUAGCGAGAUACAGUCCUCUCUGCACACCGUAUGCAGGUCAUGCUGGUGUCUGUCUGUCCGUCUGCCUGUGUGUGUGUGUGUGUGUGCUCCUUGAUUUACUCUCUGUUCCUUACUGUACCCUACGUGAGUUGUCACUGAGGCGUGUGAAUAAAAAUAGAUGUAUUCCCAGA